AUGUCUUUUGAUAAACCAUUCAUUAAACGGGUGAGCGCGAUCAUACUCGAGUAUUCCAUGGGAACAGUAGCACGAUAUCAAAAGCUAAGCUUAUACGGAAAGGCACUUGUAUGUUUUAUAGCAGCUUCCCAGAUUGCUCUUGCGACUAUUUUCAUCAUGCUCGGAGCGGACCAAAUCUUUCAGUUCCUUUAUGACUCUGCCCAGAAGCUGAAGGCAAUGCCUGCUGGGUGGGCAGUUCUUUCGGCGGCUAUCGUAAUCGUAUCUAUACCGCCCCUUGUGGGCAAAAGUACUGUAAUCACAGUGUGUGGAUUUGCGUAUGGUGUCAAAGCAUUUAGCUUUGUCGCUCCCGCUGCAUGCAUUGGCGCUGCAUUUACCUUUAUUUGUCUGCGCUGUUUUUUCCACGAGAGGGUCCGUCGGUAUACUCGAAACAAAGAGCACUGGCGCGCAUUGGAAGCAGUUGUUGCUACCAAGGGCUUGCCUCUCGUCGUCCUGAUACGACUGGCGCCAAUACCCUGGACAUACUCCAACGCCCUUUUUGCAUCUAUCGAGUCUGUUCGUUUCUGGCAAUUUAUGGUAGCAACCGUGGUUUAUACACCCAAGUUGUUUGUCAUGGUAUUUAUUGCCUCGCGAGUUGCCAAGUUCUCGGAUGGUCAGCAACGCAGUGAAAUGGAUUCCACGACCAAGUGGAUCAAUGGAUUGUCAAUCGUACUCGGCGCCUCUAUUGCGUUUGCGGCAGGCUGGCUGGUAUGGCGCCUCACCGACUCUGAAAUGAGGAAAAUGAAAGCUCUGCCCCAGGAUCUUGAUGACAUGGCUGUUGAUACCUUGUACAGCCUUGAGGUGGGCGUUCCGCUUCCAGGAGAACAUUUAAGCGACGACUUGAACGGAAAUGGUGCUUUGAGGUUGGAUAGUAGUUCAGAUAAUUUAUCGGUCAUGUAA